UAAGCACUGAACAGAACGACACCGUUUAUUGACCUCUCUCUUACAGUCGUCAAAACCAGAAAACCGAUGUUCUCCUUCUCCGCAUCGCCCAUCGACAUUGACAUUUGAAUCAAGCAGAACCAGAAUCAAAACAAGGGCGCGACAAAGAUGAGUAGAAACGACUCCAAGUACUUUUCCACAACAAAGAAGGGUGAAAUCCCUGAGCUCAAAGAAGAGCUUAAUUCUCAGUACAAGGAUAAGAGAAAAGAUGCAGUGAAAAAAGUGAUUGCUGCUAUGACUGUUGGAAAGGACGUGUCGUCAUUGUUUACAGACGUGGUGAAUUGUAUGCAGACAGAAAAUUUGGAACUGAAAAAGUUAGUCUACUUGUAUUUGAUAAAUUAUGCGAAGAGCCAGCCUGACCUUGCUAUACUCGCAGUAAAUACAUUUGUGAAGGAUUCUCAAGAUCCAAAUCCUUUAAUUCGUGCCUUAGCUGUGCGAACAAUGGGAUGCAUUCGCGUGGAUAAAAUUACCGAGUAUCUAUGUGAUCCCCUUCAAAGAUGCCUAAAGGACGAUGAUCCAUAUGUUCGCAAGACAGCAGCCAUUUGUGUAGCAAAGCUCUAUGACAUUAAUGCAGAGUUAGUUGAGGACAGGGGAUUUUUGGAAUCACUGAAGGAUUUGAUAUCUGAUAAUAAUCCAAUGGUUGUAGCUAAUGCUGUUGCGGCACUUGCUGAAAUUCAGGACAAUAGCAGUAGACCCAUCUUUGAGAUCACUAGCCACACACUGUCAAAGCUCCUCACUGCGUUAAAUGAAUGUACAGAAUGGGGUCAAGUUUUUAUACUGGAUGCUCUGUCUAGAUACAAGGCUGCUGAUGCACGUGAGGCAGAAAACAUUGUAGAAAGAGUUACCCCACGGUUACAGCAUGCCAAUUGUGCAGUUGUAUUAUCGGCUGUCAAGAUGAUCCUUCAACAAAUGGAGCUCAUCACCAGUACUGAUGUGGUCCGGAAUCUUUGCAAAAAGAUGGCCCCUCCUCUUGUGACAUUACUCUCAGCAGAACCUGAGAUACAAUAUGUUGCCCUGCGAAAUAUCAAUCUUAUUGUACAAAGAAGACCGACAAUUCUUGCACAUGAAAUUAAGGUAUUCUUCUGCAAAUACAAUGAUCCUAUCUAUGUGAAAAUGGAGAAAUUAGAAAUUAUGAUAAAGCUUGCUUCAGACCGAAAUAUAGACCAGGUUUUAUUGGAGUUUAAGGAAUAUGCUACUGAAGUUGACGUAGAUUUUGUUAGAAAGGCUGUUCGUGCAAUUGGUCGUUGUGCCAUUAAAUUAGAGAGAGCAGCUGAAAGAUGCAUUAGUGUAUUGCUUGAGUUGAUCAAGAUAAAAGUAAAUUAUGUGGUUCAAGAGGCAAUCAUUGUUAUCAAAGACAUAUUUAGACGAUACCCUAACACAUAUGAGUCCAUAAUUGCAACUCUAUGUGAGAGCUUAGACACCUUGGAUGAGCCUGAAGCCAAGGCAUCAAUGAUCUGGAUAAUUGGUGAAUAUGCGGAAAGAAUUGACAAUGCUGACGAGCUUCUUGAAAGUUUCUUGGAAAGUUUCCCUGAAGAACCUGCACUUGUCCAACUACAAUUGCUGACUGCUACUGUCAAACUUUUCCUUAAGAAGCCAACUGAGGGCCCACAGCAGAUGAUUCAGGUUGUUUUGAACAAUGCUACUAUGGAGACGGAUAAUCCUGAUUUGCGAGAUCGUGCAUAUAUAUAUUGGCGUCUCCUUUCCACUGACCCAGAGGCAGCUAAGGAUGUUGUGCUAGCUGAGAAGCCUGUGAUAACUGAUGACUCCAACAACCUUGAUCCUUCUCUACUUGACGAGCUUCUUGUCAAUAUUGCUACAUUAUCUUCUGUUUAUCACAAGCCUCCGGAAGCAUUUGUGACCCGCACACAUUCAUCGGCCCAGAAAACAGAAGAUGAUGACUAUCCUGAUGGAAGUGAAUCCGAGUCAUCAGUUAAUCUUGCUAAUGGUCCUGGGUCACCGCCUACUUCCAGCUAUACAAUACCUGCAUCGGUGGCACCAGCUACUCCAUCUGCUGCUGCACCUGUGCCAGAUUUACUUGGUGAUUUGAUGGGCAUGGAUAAUAGUUCCAUUGUUCCUGUUGAUCAGCCAGCUACUCCUUCCGGGCCUCCAUUGCCUAUUUUACUACCCGCCUCAACUGGUCAGGGUUUACAAAUCAGUGCACAGCUUACUAGGCUGGAUGGUCAAGUAUUCUACAAUAUGUUGUUUGAGAACAAUUCUCAAGUUCCACUUGAUGGCUUCAUGAUUCAAUUUAACAAGAACACAUUCGGUCUUGCGGCUGCUGGGCCACUGCAGAUUCCACAAUUGCAACCUGGAGCAUCAGCUAGGACACUCCUUCCUAUGGUUAUGUAUCAAAACAUGUCCCAAGGUCCUCCCAACUCAGUUUUGCAGGUUGCUUUAAAGAACAACCAACAGCCUGUGUGGUAUUUCAACGAUAAAAUCUUAUUCCAUGUAUUUUUCACGGAGGAUGGUAGAAUGGAACGUGCCACUUUCCUCGAGACAUGGAGGUCCCUUCCUGAUUCAAAUGAGGUUUCCAAAGACUUCCCUGCUAUUGUGAUUGGUGGUGUGGAUGCAACAGUGGAACGACUGGCUGCAUCAAACAUAUUCUUUAUUGCAAAGCGCAAGAAUGCGAACCAGGACGUGUUUUACUUCUCAGCUAAACUGCCUCGAGGGGUACCACUUUUAAUCGAACUUACCACAGUGGUUGGAAACCCCGGCGUCAAAUCUGCAAUCAAGACACCAAGCCCUGAAAUGUCAACAUUUAUCUUCGAAGCCAUCGAGACUCUUCUUAGGAGCUGAUAUUAUUUUUUCUUUUUGCUUUUCUUUUCUUUUUGAAUUUAAUUUUGUUUAUACAUUACAUUGUAUUGUUAGUAUCAUUGAUAGAAAUAUUCCUAAUCAGUGUUGUUUUAAGUUCGAAAAAAUUCACUCACUGUUGCAUAUAUAGCUGUUGUCUUGUGGGCAGCAUUUGUUGAGAGGUUUGAUGGCUUGUAAUAUUCUAAUGUAAAACAAUCAUUAUAUCUAUGCUACUAUUAGCUGUUUGUAUUA